UUCAAAACUCCUGAGUCUGCUCUUCAACGCUGUUCAUCAUGAAGAUCUCAGUGGUAGCCUUCAUGUUCCUCUUUCUGGUGGCCUCCAUCUCUCUGCCUGUAACUAAUGCAUUUGGCUUUGAUUCAACCAUCUGCUGCCUAAGUUACACCCAGAGAAAAAUUCCAAAGCAUCUUGUGAAAAGUUUUUUCUUCACCAGUGGAUCCUGCAGUUUGCCAUCUCAAGUGUUUAUGCUAAGGAAUGGUACACCAGCCUGUGUUAACCCAAGAGAAGAAUGGGUCAAGACUAUUGUGAGAUCUUUCAAAGAAGAAUGAAGAUCCUAAUUGCUGAGCGUUUGCCAUGUUGAUGUCAACAGAGAAACUCCAUCUGGGAAACAACUACAUUAGAAGCUCAACUAUGCAUUUGUCACAAUCCGCAUAAAUUCUGACAAUUUGGUGGCUGAACAGAGCCCCUGCCAGGAGAUUCCAAGGUUAGAAGGCAGGAAUCUCCUGGUCUUGUUACUCAUGCUCAU